AUGAGUUGUAGUAUUAAGCAGACAACUGGCUCUCUCAGGGGCAGGACCAGCGGUGGCAGCUGUGUUAUUGGUGGCGGUGGUGGUGGUGGAGGAGCACGGAUCUCCUCAGUCUCUUCUGGAAGAUACACGACUUGCGGGAUAGGUGGUAGCCGAGGGUUUUCUGGUAGAAGCUACUGUGGUGGUGUGAAUUACGGAGGAGGACUGAGCACUGGCAGUUUGGUUGGUGGAAACUAUGGAGGUGGCUUAGGAGCCGCUGUCCUCGGAGGAUGUUCAGGCAUUGGAUUCAGCGGUGGCAGUGCUCGCUUUGGCGGUGGCAUUGGAGGUGGCCUUGGUAUUGGUCUUGGUGGAGGGGUAGUUGGAGGUGGUUUUGCUGGUGAUGGCAUUCUUCUUUCCGGUGAUGAAAAGGUCACCAUGCAGAACCUUAACGACCGCCUGGCUUCUUACCUGGACAAGGUGAGGUGCCUGGAACAAGAAAAUGCUGACCUGGAGUGCAGAAUCAGGGAGUGGUAUGCCAAGCAGGGCCCUUUUUGUGAGCCACGGGACUACAGCUGCUAUUACAAAGAAAUAGAAGAUCUUCAAAAUCAGAUCGUCUGUGCAACCAUAGACAACAACAAGAUCAUUUUGAACAUCGACAACAGCAGGAUGACAGCCGACGACUUCCGAGUGAAGUACGAGACGGAGCUGGCCCUGCGCCAGAGCGUGGAGGCUGACAUUAAUGGCUUACGCCAAGUCCUGGACCAGCUGACGCUCUGCAGGUCUGACCUGGAGGCACAGCUGGAGUCGCUGCGGGAGGAGCUCUGCUGCCUGAAGAAGAACCACGAGGAGGAAAUGAGCUGUCUGAGGAAACAAUCGACUGGAGAUGUGAGCGUGGAGGUCAACGCCUGCCCUGGCCCAGACCUCAGAAAGAUCCUGGAGGAGAUGAGGUGCCAGUAUGAAACGCUGAUUGAACGUAAUCGCAAAGAAGUUGAGGAUUGGUAUGAGUGCAAGAUUGAGGAGGUGAAUCGGGAGGUUAUUACAAGCGGUCAGGAGGUAGAAACGUGCAACAAUCAAGUCACCGAACUGAGACGCCAAUUGCAAGCCCUGGAAAUCGAUCUCCAGGCUCAGCUCAGCCAGAGGGACAACCUGGAGUCCUCGCUGGCUGAGACAGAGUGUCGCUACAACAACCACCUUGCUGAGCUCCAGACCCAGAUCACAUGCGUGGAGCAGCAGCUGGCUGAUCUGCGUGCAGAGAUGGAGUGCCAGAACCAAGAGUACAAGAUCCUGCUGGACGUCAAAUGCCGUCUGGAGCAGGAGAUCCACACGUACCGCUGCCUGCUGGAGGGUGGACAGCAGGACCUCAUUCAGCAAGGAGGAAUUGGUCAGUCUUCGGGUCUAGGAGGAGUUGCAAGAACAAGUGGAAUAGGAGGAGGAGGUAUCAUUAGAACAAGCCACACUUACACUUCGUCUUCCCAGAUGCCAUCCUGUGCAGCUGCGGAGAUACAAGUGCCUUGCAGAAGGAUUUGUGAUUAAGCAGAGAAACGAGAAUAUCCAACAAGAGAACCCUGAAGCAGAGCCAUGGAUGAAGAGA